AUGUCCAAUUCAAAGCCGGCAGACGUCGGCGAGUCGUCGACGUCCGCGUCUAAGGCAGCCCUUGCUCGUGCGGCCAACGGGAACCCUACCUACGAACUUCCUUGGGUUGAAAAGUACAGACCCAUCUUCCUCGAUGAUGUUGUAGGCAACACAGAAACGAUAGAACGCCUCAAAAUCAUCGCUCGAGAAGGCAACAUGCCCCACGUCAUCAUCUCUGGAAUGCCAGGUAUCGGCAAGACGACAAGUAUCCACUGUCUCGCGCGGCAAUUACUCGGAGACGCCUAUAAGGAGGCCGUACUAGAACUCAACGCCAGUGACGAAAGAGGCAUCGACGUCGUGCGCAACCGAAUCAAGGGCUUCGCCCAAAAGAAAGUCACCCUCCCGCCCGGCCGCCACAAGCUCGUCAUCCUCGACGAAGCCGACAGCAUGACUUCGGGCGCGCAACAGGCCCUCCGCCGAACCAUGGAAAUCUACUCCAACACGACGCGAUUCGCCUUCGCGUGCAACCAAUCUAACAAGAUUAUCGAGCCCCUGCAAUCCCGCUGCGCUAUUCUUCGCUACUCGCGGUUAACGGACGCGCAGGUGGUGAAGAGGCUGAUGCAGAUCAUCGAGGCGGAAAAGGUUGAGUACAGUGACGACGGACUGGCGGCGCUCGUGUUUAGCGCCGAGGGAGAUAUGCGUCAGGCGAUUAAUAACUUGCAGUCUACGUACGCUGGUUUCGGGUUCGUGUCAGGAGAUAACGUGUUCAAGGUUGUGGACUCGCCGCACCCUAUAAAGGUGCAGGCCAUGCUCAAGGCGUGCUACGAGGGGAACGUCGAUGCGGCGCUGGAUACGUUACGGGAACUCUGGGACCUCGGAUACUCGAGUCACGAUAUAAUCAGCACCACGUUCAAAGUUACAAAGACGAUUCCGACCCUCAGCGAACACUCGAAGUUGGAGUUUAUCAAGGAGAUUGGCUUCACGCAUAUGAAGAUUCUGGAGGGCGUGCAGACGUUAUUGCAACUUAGUGGCUGUGUGGCACGGCUUUGCAAGUUGAACAUGGACCCCAAGCGAUUUGAGAUUCCAACAAAGUGA